AUGGUCAUCGAGGUUGCUUGGCCGGUGAGCUCGCUGGAGGACUGCCGGUCGGCGUGCGUGAAUGCCUCGGUGUGCAGGGCCAUCGAGUUCGAUGGCCGUCGUCAGCGCUGCCAGGUGUGGUCCGUUGAGCCAGAAUCCAGCGUGGCCAGCGAGGGGUCCACUUGCCUAGCCUUCAGGCCCGAGAAGGUUGCGCACCCCGAGUGUCCGGCGUCGUGGCCGAAGCCGAACGAGACGUGGUGCGCCAGGCCGGGCGAGAACUGCAUGGCGACGGGGUGCUGUGAGGAUCCCAGCCUCAGCUGCUUCGCCAAGGACGGGUUCUGGGCCGCGUGCAAGCCAGUGUGUGAGCCCGGGCAGGUCGAUGUCGUUGGGGACGCCGUGAAGUAUCAAACUCCGUGGAGCUGCGGACUCCUCGGGUGCGGCAGCUAUCCUGGCCGCGUUGUGCCUCCAGGCCGCUGGUGGUCGCCGCCAGAGAACGCGACCCAGCACAACGGAGCACGGCUGGCCGACGUGUACAUACCAGGAAACGGCGCGCACCGCGUCUUCAUCAUUGGCGACUGGGGCGGGCUCAUCGGCGGAGAGGACGGCAGUUACGUCUCACCGGCGAGCCAAGUCCACCAGAGGGUGCACGGAGAGUUUGUCGACGGAGUGGACGACAGAGCCCAGUUCCGCGUCAGGGACGCCAUGGUUAGCAGAGCGGCCCACACUCCGCCCGAUUACGUGCUCAACGUGGGCGACAACUUCUACUGGGCAGGCGUCGAGGAGCACUGCAACUCUGGUGCCAUCGGCUACACGGGCAGUCAGCAGUUCGAGGUGAUCUACGAGAGGGUUUAUGCUGGCCGUGGAAUCGACGGCAAGCAGUGGCUGGGCGUUCUUGGAAAUCACGACUACGGGGGGUACAGGUUUGAGAUGGGCUGGGACAAGACCAUCGGCUACACGUGGGCGUCGCCGACCGGACGGUGGAUGACUCCUGCCCUGUACUACAGCGUGAAGGUGUGGUAUUAUGAUUUCGCGGUGGACUACAUUUUCAUGGACACGAAUGUCUGGGACGCCCUGGACCCAGCCGACCCGUCCUCCCACAACAUCUGCUCGCAGCAGCACAACCCCCCCGACGCGACGUGCGACCCCAUCGGCCCCACGUCGAUCUGGGACUGCCCGUUCUGGUUCCGGGGGCUCUGGGAGCAGCAGAAGGCCUGGCUCGACGGCCUCGCUCCGGGGCUGGACGGGGACUGGCGCCUCGCCGUGACCCACUUCCCGCCGUACUGGGGCCACCUGGACUGCCCUGGGCAGGACAUGGCCAGGAGGCACGAGAUCGACCUCGUGAUCUCGGGCCACCGCCACUCGCAGUCUGGGCAUACGUGUCCCCAGCGACCCAGCGGAACAGAUUUGGCCCGACGACCCCUCCCGCCUCGCGAGCGACUUCCUGGACCCGACGGCCUACGUCGUGUCCGGCGGGGGCGGCGGCGUCACUUCCGAGCAGAGGCCCGAGAGCAGCGGCGAGGACGACGAGUACGGGUUCAUGGAGAUGGCCCUCUCGAAGGACAGCAUCAGGAUAGAGUCCAUCUCCCACGGCGGGAAGGUCGCGACCAUCUGGCACCAGUACGCCCACAGCGGCGGCCGCCCCGCGGUGGACGCGGCCCCCUAGGCGCAUCGCGGCGCGCCCCUCCGUCCAGCCACGGGGGCAGGGCGCGCGGCGCCAGCAGUCGUGACCUGGGCUGCUGUUGCUGCUGCUGCUGCAGCUUUUCUUGA